UGCAAACACUCAGAAAUUUAUACCCAAGAAAGAAGAAAGAUGGGAGGCCAGAUUUCCUCACAACAAAGGGCAGCAAAUGGAGAAGUCAUUUCAGUUAAUUCUCUAGACCACUGGAACACACAAUUAAAGAGCUCUAUCACAUCAAACAAGCUGAUGGUCAUUGAUUUCUCCGCGGAUUGGUGUGGACCUUGUAAAAUCAUCGAACCAGCCGUUCAUGACUUCGCUGUCGAGUUCUCAAACGUUGAAUUCAUCAAGAUUGAUGUCGAUGAGUUACCUGACGUGGCCAAGGAUUAUUCAGUACAAGCGAUGCCAACGUUCCUACUGCUCAAGAAAGGGGAAGAAGUCGGAAGGGUUGUUGGGGCCAAGAAAGACGAACUUCGUAGGAUGAUCGAGAAACACAGGUACUAACAAAACCGUUAGAACUUAUUAUAAGCCUGAACGAGGCUUAAUACAGAACACAAGACGAUUGGAGCUUUUACGGAAGCUAUUUCCGUCUUUGAAUAAAUUUGUUUAGCAAAGUAUGUUUGUUAUAUCACGGGACAAUCUAUUUGUAUAAAUCUUUGAAUUCCUAUUCCGAAGUUUGAUCCUUAGAACAAAAAUGGCGUUCAACUCU